AUGUCAUUUAAUUCAUCAUAUUUUAAUAAUGCACCUACAAUAACCCCACCUCCGAGUUUAUCAUCAUCGUAUAAUACCAAAAAUGAUUUUAAUAAUAAUAUGAAUAAUAUGAAUAAUAGUGAUUCAGGUAGUGAUAAUGAUGAUAAUAAUAAUGCAAAUAAUUACUUCAUUCCUUCUAUUGAUGAUAUUUCCAUUUAUUCAAGAUCUACCACUGGUUAUUCAAGCAAUUAUUCAUCUUUAUUCACUAAUAAUAAUAACUACAAUAUUGAUGUAAAUAAUAAUAAUAAUAAUAAUAUUAAUAAUAAUAAUUCAUCAACCGCCAUCCCAAUUAAUUCAACUAAUACUACAAAAUAUUGUACUCCAAGAUCAUUAUUUACUGUUCAAUCAAUUGAAUCAGAAAUUGAUAAUAUUCCAUUAAUUUUCAAACAAAGUAUUUGGUCAACAACUACAAUAACAACUAAAAAUUAUGACAAUAACAAAACUACUUCUGCACCACCACCACUACCAGUAUCAGUACCAGUAUCAGUACCACUACCACUACCACUACCACUACCACUACCACUACCACUACUACCACCACCACCUCCUCCUCCACCAUCAGCAACCACAAGUACAACUGAGCAACAACAACAGCAACAGCUCCAGCAAAUACAAGAGCUCCAACAAUAUCAACUUCAACAAUACGAGUAUCAACAACAACAACAACAACAACAAUACUAUUAUUUAGAUACACCUGUUACACCAAUUGAUUAUCAAUAUUAUGACAAUCCAAAUUUUCAAAAUUUUUAUUAUCAACAAUUUCCACCUUUUUACAAUUAUAACUUUCCAAGUAAUGAAGAAAUUUAUAACAAAUCAAAUUCAACAGAUUGCUUAUUUUUUAAAUCAUUUAAAAACGUUGCUUACACCGUACCUAAAAAUUCAAGAUUUUUUAUAAUUAAAUCAUAUAGUAUUUUAGAUGUAACUGCAUCAUUUAUUCAUAAUGUAUGGACUAGUACAGAAUUAGGUAAUAAAAGAUUAAAUAAAGCGUUUAAAGAAACAACUACAGAAAAUGGAAAAAUCUUUUUAUUUUUUUCGGUUAAUUCCCUGGGUAAAUUUUGUGGAAUUGCUCAAAUGAAAGAUGAAAUUGAUUUUAAUAAAACAUCUGAUAUUUGGAAUGAAAUUAGUAAAUGGAAAGGUGAAUUUCCAGUUGAAUGGAUUUCAAUUAAAGAUGUUCCAAAUAAAUAUUUUAAUCAUUUAAAAGUACCAAUGAAUGAAAAUAAACCAGUUACAAAUUCAAGAGAUACACAAGAAAUACCAUUUGAUGUUGGAAUAUCUAUGUUAAAGAUUAUAACAAGUUUUAAAGAAAAACCAUAA